CCCCGCGGCGCCCCCCAACAGCAGAACUGUUAACUACAGGUUGCUGUCACGACCGGAGGGGGGACUCGCAGCCUUACCAGGCACUUAAAUACUCAUCGAAGAGUCACCCCAGUAGUGGUGAUCACAGACAUGAAAAGAUGCGAGACGCCGCAGAUCCUUCACCACCAAAUAAGAUGUUGCGAAGAUCUGAUAGUCCUGAAAACAAAUACAGUGACAGCACAGGUCACAGUAAGGCCAAAAACGUGCAUGCUCACAGAGUUAGAGAGAGGGAUGGUGGGACCAGUUAUUCUCCACAAGAAAAUUCACACAACCACAGUGCUCUUCAUAGUUCAAAUUCACAUUCUUCUAAUCCAAGCAAUAACCCAAGCAAUAACCCAAGCAAAACUUCAGAUGCACCUUAUGAUUCUGCAGAUGACUGGUCUGAACACAUUAGUUCUUCUGGGAAAAAAUACUACUACAAUUGUCGAACAGAAGUUUCACAGUGGGAAAAACCAAAAGAGUGGCUUGAAAGAGAACAGAGACAAAAAGAAGCAAACAAGAUGGCAGUCAAUAGCUUCCCAAAAGAUAGGGAUUACAGAAGAGAGGUGAUGCAAGCAACAGCAACCAGUGGGUUUGCCAGUGGAAUGGAAGACAAGCAUUCCAGUGAUGCCAGUAGUUUGCUCCCACAGAAUAUUUUGUCUCAAACAAGCAGACACAAUGACAGAGACUACAGACUGCCAAGAGCAGAGACUCACAGUAGUUCUACGCCAGUACAGCACCCCAUCAAACCAGUGGUUCAUCCAACUGCUACCCCAAGCACUGUUCCUUCUAGUCCAUUUACGCUACAGUCUGAUCACCAGCCAAAGAAAUCAUUUGAUGCUAAUGGAGCAUCUACUUUAUCAAAACUGCCUACACCCACAUCUUCUGUCCCUGCACAGAAAACAGAAAGAAAAGAGUCCACAUCAGGAGACAAAUCUGUGUCCCAUUCUUGCACAACACCUUCUACGUCUUCUGCCUCUGGACUGACUGCCACAGCUGCACCUCCAACAACUGCUUCGGCAGUCCCAGUCUCACCUGUUCCACAGUCACCAAUACCUCCGUUACUGCAGGACCCCAAUCUUCUUAGACAGUUACUUCCUGCUUUGCAAGCUACACUGCAGCUGAAUAAUUCUAAUGUGGAUAUAUCCAAAAUCAAUGAAGUUCUUACAGCAGCUGUGACACAAGCCUCGCUGCAGUCUAUAAUUCAUAAGUUUCUUACUGCCGGACCAUCUGCUUUCAACAUCACUGCUCUGCUCUCUCAAGCUGCUCAGCUCUCCACACAAGCCCAGCCAUCUAAUCAGUCUCCAAUGUCUUUAACAUCCGAUGCAUCAUCCCCAAGAUCUUACGUGUCUCCAAGAAUAAGUACACCUCAGACCAACACAGUUCCUGUCAAACCUUUGAUUAGUACUCCUCCUGUUUCAUCACAGCCAAAGGUUAGUGCUCCAGUAGUUAAACAAGGACCAGUUUCACAAUCAGCCACUCAGCAGCCUGUACCUGUUGAGAAACAGCAAGGUCAUGAGCCUGUUUCUCCUCGAAGUCUUCAGCGCUCAAGUAGCCAGAGAAGUCCAUCGCCUGGCCCAAAUCAUACAUCUAGUAGUAAUGCAUCAAACGCAACAGUUGUACCACCGAAUUCAUCUGCCCGGCCUACGUGUUCAUUAACACCCACGCUAGCAGCACACUUCAAUGAAAAUCUCAUAAAGCAUGUUCAAGGAUGGCCUGCAGAUCAUGCCGAGAAGCAGGCAUCAAGAUUGCGUGAAGAAGCCCAUAACAUGGGAAGUGUCCACAUGUCAGAAAUAUGUACUGAAUUAAAAAACUUAAGAUCUUUAGUUCGAGUAUGUGAAAUUCAAGCAACUUUGCGAGAGCAAAGGAUACUAUUUUUGAGACAACAAAUUAAGGAACUCGAAAAGCUGAAAAACCAGAAUUCCUUCAUGGUGUGAAGAUGUGAAUAAUGGCACAUGGUUUGAGUACAGGAACUGUCUAUCUGUUGCCCCAUCUUAACAUGUGGGAGCUGCAUUUAAUGUAGACUUUGGACCGUUAGGCUGGGCAAAAGAAAUGACAAGGGGAUGGGUCUGUGAGAGUCAUUCAGGGGAAAGAUACAAGAUGGAUUUGUAAAACCCUUGAACUGUAGAUUUCUUGUAGAUGUAUUCUUCACGUUGUAAAUACGUUUUGUAGAGUGAAGCCAUGGGAAGCCAUGUGUAACAGAGCUUAGACAUCCACAACUAAUCAAUGCUGAGGUGGCUAAUACCUAGCCUUUUACAUGUCAACCUGUCUGCAAAAUUAGCUUUUUAAAAAAAAAAGAAAAAAAGAAUGAAAAUCUGGGGAUUAAUUUAUCAUUCAGAUAUCUUGCAUUUUCAGAAAUUCAGUGCAAGCGCCAGGCGAUCUGUGUCUAAGGGGGUGAUUUUGAACCAUAUGGGCAGUGUACAAAAGAUCAUGAGACAACUGUUUCCACACUUGCACCUGAUCAAGAGCAGUGCUUCUCCAUUUGUUUUGCAGAGAAAUGUUUUUCAUGUCCCGCGUGUUCCAUUUCCCUCCGAAAUCCUCGAUCUGAUUUUAUCCAUUUUUAAAGGCUCCUCUUUUUCUCCUUUCUGAAGGCACUGUUGCUCUGGCACUUUUCUAUACCCUUUCAUGCCUGUGUACAGCAGCUUCAAACUGCAGUGAUUGAGCAUAGCCCACUUGUUUGUAUAAAUUAUUGAAAUCCAUUUGCACCCUGUAAGAAUGGACUUAAAAGUACUGCUGGGCCCGUGUGCUGAAAGUACACGGAUUGCUCAAAUACAAAGGAAAUAGCCCAAUGAACAUGGUUGUGGGAGGGGACAGAGGAAACAAAGCUAGUCAGAUGUGAAUUGUAUCUGUUGUAAUAAACAUGUUAAAACAAAAACAAAAAUUGUUAAUUUUGAUUUCCUUCGGUCAAUGCAUAUUAGAAUUUGAACUACCUGGGGAUUCUUUAUCAGAACUAUUCUUGUUGAAUAUUUAUACUUGAUUCAAAUAAUUCUUUAAGGGAAGUUUUGUUUAAGGCAUUUUAACAGAAAAUUGUGUAUAAAAUAUUUAAUGAAAUACAAAAUUCAACAAGAAUGAUUGAGUCACUCUACUCAAGUGGUUGUCAUUUGUUAAACCCUGGUUUACCUGUCUUGCUAUUAUGACAUUUCAUUUGGAAGGAUGUUUGUGUUGUAGCUAACUGUUCAAGUCUGGUGCUGACUGCUGUUCUUAGCCAUCACAAAACGCUAAAUUUGUGUAAUUGGAGCUUCCUGCUGUUAGCUGGAAAUGGUGGGAAAGCUCGGCUUUGUAUAUUGUUUCCUAAAGUAUAUUAAAAUAAAAAAAGAAACUAUUGCUACUAUAAAAUCACCUUGGCUUUUCUUUUCCUUUGUUAAAGUAUUAGUCACAUGGCCUUAGUAUGACACUGCCAGUAUUGUGUUAAGUCACAAGGGUUUCUGUAUGCCGUAAAAAAAAUCACUGACAAGAUCUUGCCUAAUUUUGAGUGUCUUUCUGUUGCUGGGGCAAAUGCAUUCAUGUGCUUUCAGCACUGCCAGCACCCAGGGCUUGUUUUGUUGUCUUAGAUGUGGAUGUAAUUGAGUUAUGGGUUACUAACUUAAAUUUGAAAGUUGGUCUUGUGUUCUAAGCAUCUCGUAAGCAUAUUUUUCAUAUAGAGGUAACGCUCAGAUUUUUCAGUAAAUAAACCUUGUAUGGACAAUAUGUUCUAAAAAACUCAUACAAAAAAUGUUCCAGUGUCAUUAGGAAGAAGUAGUUUUAUACUGGACAGAUUUCCUCCCACCACCACACCGCACACAUGAGAACACUUUUUAAGUGUAAGAAAUAUUCUUACGGAAUAUUCCUCCUCGUGAGAUGACUAACAUUGGCUGGAUUUAGUGCGUGUCCACAAAGCCCUGAAGAGAGCGAGCUGGGUUCAGCUAGAACCCAUCAUAGGACAAGCCUGGAUCCUUCCUUUUGGGAAAAACCAUUGAUGAUGUGUAGUAAGCAAAUGUUUCCUGAGCAGAUGGCAACUUGGACAUGUGGUUUAAGGUAAACUUGUUGAAUUUGAUUUGUUAAUGGAAUUUAUUGAUCUCUCAAGUUCACUCUUAUCCAUACAUUUAAAAAUGCUUACAUCAGCAAGUGAUAUAAGGGGGCUUCAAAACAUUUAUGGAAAAAUUGAAAGAUAAAGGAAUUAUCCCACAAAGUCUUUGUAUCGCUCGUGUGUAUAGGAGGAGAUAACCUAAUUUGAGAUUUAAUGGUGAAUUUUUAGAGAGACAAAGUUAAAAAUCUUUUAUGGAAAUAUUUUUACAAUGUUCGAUCAGUUAUUUUGUAAUUGUUUUAAAUAUUGCACUUUAAUACAGAUAAUAGUUACUAACCUUUUUGAUACCAAUGAGGGAUGAUUUACUAUUAAAGUAGACAUAAUAUCUUAGAAUACUCGAUAUCUACUUCCUUGAGUAUAUAACUCAUUUUGGUGGGCAACUUGAAAGAAAAUCCCUGAGUAGUCUCUUAAGACUUCCGGUGGUUUUUGUUUUGUGACUGAAAGGACGUUAAUAGCCCGUAUCCAAACACUGAGAACAUGGUAAUGUUGUACCAUAUUGUCUCGUGGAGGACGGCUGCUGGAAGUCCUGUGGAGCAAGUGUCCUUUGCUGCUGUUUGGUGGCUUGGUUUAGUUUGAUUAAGGCAGGACUGUGACGUCCCUGAUUUUAAGUAAUGCUGCUGUGUUUUGUUUUUCCAACACAUUAUGCUUCUUUUAGUAGCUGAAUGAGAGUUUAUUUUCUUAAUUCUAAAUUUGACAUAUUUCACUUUGACACAUUUGACACAAAUUUUAUGUUUGCAAAAAAUAACUCAUUGCCCCACUUCAAACACGGUUUCUUGUUCUGUUGAAAACAACCCUAAAUGUAAGGAAAUAUUUCAGAGCUGGAGGGGCGGGGGCGCGGCAAAGUAACCCACUCCAUCCCAGCAGAAGCAUUGUGGUGGUGGGACAAUAAGGUUCCUGUAUGUAGCUGUAGGGUUUGACUCUGGAUUUUUUUAAAAAUACCUGUAAAUAAUGGCUUUAUUCUUGUAUAUGUUCUGAAGUGUAAAAAUGACACUAAAAAUAAAUAUCUUUUGACAA